UUGAGAGAGACUGUCCUUUCAUCCGGUCAUUUGGAAGAACUAAGUGUCUUUUCCAGCAUUUAGAGCAAACCAGUGAGCCAUUUUCAUCACCUGCUGUUUCACAUAUUUUUUUCUUUCAGUUUAAAAGAGAGUAGAAAAUUCUUCUACAGCAACUCCACCACACAGAAAGUCAGACAGAGAUGUGGGGAGUCCUGAUAUGGAUCAUUACCUGCUUCUUCUUUCCAUUGACCACACUGUUCUUCUGCUGUGUGUGUUGUGCGGGGCGAAGAUAUCAGGUUCCUGUCAUCUAUUACACCAACCUCAUCAUCUCCAUUCUGAUCCAUCACAGCAUGAUGUUCUAUAUGAUGGUCCUUCGGUGGUACAUACUGCACGACACCAUUGUGUGUUUCUUAUACUAUUUUUCUGUGACAGCCAGUCUUUACUUCAGGUUGUGCAUUGCUUUGGAAAGGUAUUGUUUCAUCGCCUGCCCACUGUUGGACUGUUUCAGACAAACUGAGGGUUCUGUGCUGGUCUGUGUUCUGGUCUGGGUCUUUUGUAGUGUUAGUGUUGCUCUUGCUGUAUUUUCAUAUGAAUUUGUACGUUUAAUUAUUUAUGCCGCCCUCCCUGCCCCCCUGUUCAUCUUCUGUCUCGCUGGGACACUUAAAGCUCUGCCUGCUGCCACCUCAGUGCCCACUGAAGAAAAACGAAGAACCGUAGGAACCUUGGUUCUGUUGCUGCUUAAUUACUUUCUCAUAAACCUUCCUGCAGUCAUUCUAUUAACUUUGAAUUUAUAUCCACCCUUCCCUGAAACACUUCACCCUGAGACAGCUACUGAUUUUAUCAUUAUAAUCUUUUUUCUGUUUAGUUCAUUGUUGGACUUCAUUCUGUUUGCCUUCAUGUGUAAAGGGCCCAUUGACAGGCUGCUGGCACGUCUGUGCUGCUGCAGUAUGGAGAGCAACAACACAGGAGAUGUGACUGAUGUUAGCACAGACAG